GGAUAAACCAAGGAGUUCUGCCACACGUAGCAUCAUGGUAGAGUGCCGGCAAAACCUGUCACGAGGACGAUCUGUCCUGCCGCCACGUGUAAUAUACUACUUGUCCGACAGCCACGUGUUCCCAGAAAACAACGUGGCACCACAACUCUCACCGCCCCCACUCUCCUUAAAUUCUCCAGACAAACUAGCCAGUCGAGCAAAUUAGGUACGUUGCCAAAAUACUGUCGAACACCGUUCAGUAGCAGACUCUGAGAAGUGAGAAUUCAUUGAAUCACCCCGAGCGGCGGAAUGAGCCAGGAGCAGCCACAGCGGCCUCAGGCCCAGCAAGAAAAACCCAUGAAGUACGGCGACGUUUUUCCCGUCCAAGGUCAGCUGGCCGACCAGAAGGUGGCCCCGCAGGACGCGUCCAUGAUGCAGACUGCCGAAGCCAAGGUGUUGGGGCAAACCCAGAAGGGCGGCGCCGCCUCCACCAUGCAGUCGGCCGCCGACCGCAACGAAAGGGCCGGUUACGUCGGUCACCGUGACCUCACGUACGUCACGGGAGAAGAAGGCGUCACCGUUGCCGAGAUCGAUGUCCCAGGAACGCACGUUGUUACAGAAUCAGUUGCCGGACAGGUGGUGGAGCAAUAUGCGAAGCCAACGCCGCAGGAGAUGACCGAGCCGGUGGGAACUCGGGUGCAGCAGCGGUCAAUCACCAUAGGGGAGGCGCUGGAGGCGACGGCACGUACUGCGGGGCACAAGGCGGUUGACCAGAGCGAUGCCGCCGCAAUACAGGCUGCGGAGGCCAGGGCGUUGGGGAGUUCUGCUACGCCCACCGGGGGCGUCGGCGCCACAGCUCAAGCGGCAGCUUCUCUCAACGAUGAAGUGGUUCUGGAGGAGGACAAGGUUAUGCUGACUGAGGUCUUAGCGGAUGCGACUAUGAAGCUGCCGUUGGACAAGGUGGCGACGCGGGAGGAUGCGGAGGGAGUGCUGACUGCGGAGCUCAGGAACAAACCCACUGUUACCACUUACCCAGGAGGAGUGGCGGAGACUGUGACUACAGCUGCCAGGCUAAACGAGACCAUAUAAUAUUUAUAUCUAUACAAUAUAGAGCUCAGGAAUAUGCAUGCUGUCUCGUAGACGUACUCCAAAUUUUUUUUUUUGGGUCGGCACAUUGCUGGGGGCGUAGAUAGGGUGGUAGUUCUUAAGCUUAUGUUGAGCCGGUACUUAAUAGUAGUGAGUACAUGUUUGUAGUUCCAAGAGUCAAAACUCCUACCUGUUUUUGUAUGGAGGUUUAUGUGUUCCGCAGCGUUUUGGCAUGCAUGUAAUGAGGGGACGUACUGUUUGAAUAAAUGGGUGGAAACGUUAUGAAUAA